GUAAGGGCGGAAGCGGCUGCCAUGGAGUCUCUGGUGCAGGACCUAGAGCGCUUCUCGGAGGUGCUGGCCGUGUCCUGCGGGACGCAGGUGCGCACGUGGGAUGCAGCGACCGUGCGCAGGGCGCUGCAGUGGGCGCGCUAUCUGCUCCACGUGUACCGACGCUUCGCCGGUAGCAGCCGCGCGCGGGAGGCGAUCGAGAGGCGGCUCCGGGCGCCGGGCGGGUCCCUCGGGCUGCGCAGCUUCGCGGCGCUGGAGUCCGGGGACGUGCGGCUCGCUCUCCGCCUGCUGCGGAACCGCGCGCUCGCGCCCGCCGCCGCCCACGCGCUGCCGAGCCUGCUGUUCCCGGGCCCCGCGGCGGACCGGGAGGACGACGUGCCGCAGUCGCGCCUGGCGCUGCUGGCGCGCCGCGGGAGCGCGCUGCACCUGCUGUUCCGCCUCGGCGGGGACGCGCCCAAGGGCGCGCUGCUGCGCACGCACGCCGAGCUGCUGUGCGCGCGCCUGCGCGACCUGGGCGGCGCGGACUCGGCCGCCGCUCGAAAGCUCCUGGGAACGCUGUGGGCGAGCGGGCCUCGAGAGCACGUGCUGUGCGUGGUUGGCGAAGCCCUGCUGCGCGAGACCGGCCUGGACCCAGCCCAGGCCGCAGACCCUGCGGGCGCGGAUGACACACAGAAACUGCUGCACUGGCUUCUAGACAGCCCCGAGCUCUUGUCUGCUUUCUGCCGCCGCCUGCCCCCUAAGCGCCUGGCCGCCUUGGCGGGCCGUCACCCCAAACUGUCUCGAGCCUACUUGGACCUGCUCACAGUGUGGGCCAGGCGGCUGCAGUAUGACCUGCAGAAGGGCGCCUGGGUCCCCAUGCACCUGGAGGAUGUGCCCUGGGAGGAGCUUUGCCUAAGGCUGCAGAGCUUGUGCCUUGAACAACCAUCCCUUCAGGAAGAGGUGUUGGCGACCUUGCACUCCUUCAAGGCCCUGGAUGGAGAUUUUGAGGUUCCCGGAAUGAGCAUCUGGACAGACCUCCUGCUGGCCCUGCCUGAUGGUGCUUUAGUGUGGGAACAUUCGGGAGGAGGUCCUCAGGCCCCACGCUGAGCAUGUGGACAGACCUGGCCCACGGAGGGAACGACAAGCAUACCUUUCACCAAAGCCUCUGCCCUUUAUGUGUCCUGCUACAAUUUGACUAUACUUUGACAAAACGUCUGUGUUCUCACCACCGCCUUGUCCUACAUGUUCCCCAAACCUAAUUAUUUACGUUUUACAAUUUUAAGUGGUUUGUAAUGCAAAUACAAAUACUUUUAAAAGUGA